ACGAAGAACAAAAAAGGCGAAAGUUAGCACUGCAGCGAAGCUUCUAGGCGGACGACGACGAAGUGUUAUCGAGUCAAACACAUUCAAAUUGUUGCUAGGUUAAAUGAAAAAGUGAUUAUUGCCGCAAAAUUAGGACUGUUUAAAAGAACGAUGGCGUCGUGCGAGGAGGGGCUUUCUCGCACAAGGGAGGAGAAGGAGCGACUACAACAACUGGAAGCUGUUAGCAAGGCUCCAGAUGUGCUACACACCAAAGACAUCAAUGAAGAAAAUCUUCCCCCUGAGCAACAGCAGUGGAGAUCCAGGGUGACACAGGAGGAGCCACAUUCUCAUUUCAACAAAGAGGAAGAGAAGGAGCGACAGAAUUCCCAUGUUAAAGUAGAAGAGGGGGAGCCACAACCUCCGCAUAAUAACGUGGAAAAGACAGAGCCACAACCCCUACAAAUCAAAAAGGAGGAGGAGCCACAAAUUAAAGAGGAAAAUGAGGAACACGGCAUCAGUCAGAAGGGAGAGCAUCUUGAAGGACCAGAGCAGUUUCCUGUGAUUAAUGUCAUUAUUAAGAGUGAAGAUGAAGACGACAAAAGUGAGGAGAAGAAAAAGGUGGAGCCUCCGAGGAACAACUCACCUCAACACAUGACAACAGAAGCUGAUGGAGAUCACUGUGGAGCAUCACAAGCAGACAACCUCUUCGCUCCACUAUCAGAUAGUGAUGUAACAUGUCACACUGACAUUGACAACACACGCUGGAAGUGCUCUCAAUGUAACAAAACUUUCAGUGAGCGUCGUUACUUGAAUAGACACAUGAGAAUACACACAGGAGAAAAACCUUAUUGCUGUUCAGUUUGUGGUUUGUGUUUUGUACAAAAUCAAGAUUUGAAAAUGCACAUGAGAACACACACUGGAGAGAAACCUUUCACCUGCUCAGUAUGCAACAAAAGAUUCUCCCAAAAGGGUUGCAUGAAAAGACACACAAGAACGCACACUGGAGAAAAACCAUACUCCUGCUCAGUCUGUAAGAAAGGUUUUAAUGAAAGUUCGGCGUUAGUUAAUCACACAAGAAUGCACACUGGCGAGAAACCAUUUUCUUGUUUAGUCUGUGGUAAAAAAUUCACUCGAAAUGAACGUUUGACAAGACACACAAGAAUACACACGGGAGAGAAACCGUUUCCUUGCUCUGUGUGCGGUAAAAGAUUCUAUGAUAAAAAUGAUUUAGACAGACACUCUAGAAUACAUACUGGAGAGAAAGCCUUUCUUUGCGCGAUUUGCAAUAAGUGUCUUUCUACAACAGAUAGUUUAAAAAUGCAUAUGAGAACGCACACCGGCGAGAAACCUUUUUCCUGUACAGUGUGUGGUUUACAGUUUAGACUAAAUCAACAUUUGAAGUUGCACACUAGGCUGCACACUGGGGAAAAACCAUACUCUUGUUCAAUCUGCAACAAAAGUUUUUGUGACCGGACACAACUUGUAAGACACACAAAGACACACUAGUGAUUAAGUGUAGCAUUGCUGUGGGUGUGAUGAAAGUUCUUAAAGGUACCAGGUUAACAAUCACAAGUGUGCCUUAAAUGCAAAUAAUUUGAUAAUAUGUUACGACAAAUUAUAAUAUUAUUUUGUAGCCGGGGCGUUUAUUGUCAUAUUGGUCGAUAGAACCUAACUUUACGUGGAAUACCCAUUUUGUGGACAGAUGGACAGAGACACACUUGCAACAGUUUUGGGCAACACCAAGAUUUUUUGAUUUGAUAUGAUACCGAAUAUUCUCUCAGAAAUGCAAAUACUUAUUGUGCUCUUUCUACCUUGAUGAAACUAUUAACAACUACUGGCCCUCGAAUACCUUGUUAAUGUAUGUUUUUUUAUAAUGUCAAAUGAUUCAAUCAUUCAUUCAAUAACCAAUAUCACGUUCAUUCCUUCUUCCCCCUCUCAGGAUGGGACGUUUCACCCCAACCCCUUUCUCCUCUCUCAAUCCUAAAA